UGCACGCGGCCCCCUAACUAGUUUUAAUAAAAAAGGCGAAAUUGCCAAACAGUGGAAAUUCUGGGCUUGGUUCAUCGGGGUUUUUUUGGGGAUACAAACUAGCUAAAUUCCUUACCUUCUCUGCAACAUCCCAAGCCUUCAUUCAAAAGAUCUUCUCCUUCUCUAUCUGCAACUGCUCAGAUCCCAUCCACCCAAACCCACCUCCCCACCGAGAUCGAGAUCGAAUUGGACUGAAUUUCUUGCUCCCAGAUUUUAUCUAGCCUUGAAAAUAGAAUCCUAGACUCUUCUUCAGUGAGGGGAUUAGAUUGAUUUUUAUCCCCCUUUUUUUCAAAAAAAUUUGUCAACAUCCGUUUCAGCACUAGCUGCCUAAGUGGUGCCAUGAGAAAAGGAUUUUGAAAAUGGGGAUCAGUAAAACAGAAAUAAACUUGAGGAGGUUGGUUGCUGCUGCAUCUCAUCAACAAAAUCAAGCAAAGCUUAUACAUGUACGUCAACGGAUCUUUCAACUCAAACUGCUGAUUUGGGAAUGUAUGUUGCUACACUAAGAGAACAAUUAGAACAACUAGCUGAAGAGAGAACCUCAGAUGGAUUACCAAGAGUUUCAAAAGCUCAGGUGAAUGAUUAUUCGGAGAAGAUUGAAGCCCUUGCUGCCAAAUUGGCUGCCCCUGUGUCAGAGUCAGUUUUGCCAGAAACUCUGCAGCCUAUUUCUGUUACGUCUGUCAAAGAAAGCCCUUCCAAAGCAGUAGGAGAAAGUUCUAUUCCCACUUCUCCAGGAUUGAGGAGGAGAUUUGUUGCUCCAUCAAACAUUGAAGAUAGACCUCGUGAUAGUGUUGAGACUGAUCAUUCAGCGCCUGUCAAAUUGGAUGCUGCAGCACGGACUCAUAUUGACAAGCACAGAAAACUUCAAGAUGAUUUGACAGAUGAAAUGGUUGGGUUGGCACAGCAACUUAAAGAGAGCAGUCUCAUGAUGAGUCAAUCCCUACAAAACACUGAAAAAAUACUUGAUUCAACAGAGCAGGCGGUUGAACAGAGCUUGGCAAGCACUGGUCGUGCCAAUGUACGUGCUAUGGAUAUAUACUCGAAGAGUUUCAAGACUACGUGUUUUACAUGGCUUCUGAUAUUUGUAAUGACAUGUAUAUUCGUCAUGGUUGUACUUCUUAUUCGUGUCACUUAGUGUAUUACAUUCAGUGAGAAGCAGCAGUCAUAGAUUCUGCAAGUCUUAUAGUGCUUAGAAUUUACCAAUCAAACUAUGUUCUUCUGAUGUAACAUAUAUAUGCUUACGAUUUUGAGUAUUAAGCCAUGUCACAGGUUUGUUCUGCAUUUGACUUUUGAUGGGAAUGCCAUUUUAAUUCUCAAGAAAUGCAUUUGAGAAAAUUUUGCUA